GUGAGAUCAUCCCUAGAAACAAAAAAUUCACAGGAAUCAGCAGACCCGAGAUCUGCAUAAUGAACUGUUCGAAUGAUGUAAGCCAGGCGGGAUUGAACUUUUUACUGUUUUUACAGGAUGAACGAGUCGGUGUACAGUAUGUACAGAGUGCUCCGUAGAGUCUCAGAAUUAAUUAUGAUGCUGACUUCGGGGGCUCCUUUCCUUUCUCGUCUCUUAUUCUAUGCGUCCUCUUCCUUUGUUCUAGUAGCCUGUAAUGUACUGUACUUUAUUCCUGCUGGAAAAAAAUCUUAAUCAAAAAAAAAAAAAAGAGAAGGGCGUUUAUCGGUUACUCGGCAG